GAGGUGCUGGACGGGCCGCGCACGCCCACGUGGGACUGCGCGCAGUGCGGCCACAGAGCCAACUGGGCCUCGCGCCUCGUCUGCAAGGGCUGCGGCCACCGCGCGCCCGUGCGCGUGGCACGCGAGGCACGCGAGGCGGCUCGGCUGGCGCAGACGAGGAGCCUACGGGACGCCAAGAUAGCAGCGUUCGAGGUGGUGCAGAAGCGGCUGGCCUCCCAGGACGCCCGCAGUCCCCGAAAGGGCCGCCAGCAGGUCGAGCAGCAGAUCCGAAAGCUGGAGAUUGCCCUGCAGACCGUCCAGAAGGCCCUCUCGCUGCACAGGGAGAUGAACGAGGCGGGGUGGGGCCCGAACGUCAUCGGCUGCUCCGCUGUGAUCAGCGCCUGCGAGAAGGCCGCCCGGUGGCAGUGGGCGUUGGCGCUGCUCCGGGACAUGUCGUCGAGGGCAGAGUUGAAGCCAGACAAGAGCAGUGCUACGUAUCCCUCAACUGUCUGGGGCGACGUGCAGGAGAAACGCGACGGAUGCCGAAUUGGACCCCCCUCGGUCUGAGCCUUCUCGUUGUGC